CAAGCGAUCCGGCUGCACCACCGGGACACCAGCUGUCUCCCUUACCAGCCACUUUUUGUCCGUCAGACCGGUACCAUUUUACGCUUUACGCACAGACAUGAUUUUGACGCACAGGUGAACUUCUCUGCCCAAACGCGCCUCGACCAGAACUCCGGAAGGGACAAAGUGCUGGAAGACAGAAACAAAAGCCAUCUCGUCACUCUCACCCUCUCCUCAGUCUUUUUCUUCAUUGCGCGGAGCUGAGCGCGUUGUCCAGAGCCAUGUCCAGGAAGAAGGCAGUGAAAGGCAAAGGGAGCUCCAAGAGCCCCAAGGCGUCGCCGAGCAGCGGCAGAGACGGCGGGAGGACGGGGAGAGGUCUGGCCGCCGCAGCCGCGCCGUCCUCCGGGCUGGUUUACCCCAGCAGACCGUCCCUCAGCAACAGCGGAGAGUUCUAUGACAUCGCCUUCAAGGUGAUGCUGGUCGGGGAUUCGGGUGUUGGGAAGACCUGUCUGCUGGUCCGCUUCAAAGACGGAGCCUUUCUGGCCGGGAGCUUCAUCUCCACCGUGGGCAUCGACUUCAGGAAUAAAGUAAUGAGCAUUGACGCUGUGAAGGUGAAAUUGCAGAUUUGGGACACGGCCGGACAGGAGCGUUUCCGGAGUGUCACACAUGCUUACUACCGUGACGCUAACGCUCUCCUCCUGCUCUAUGACGUCACUAACAAAGCAUCCUUCGACAACAUCCGGGCAUGGUUGACAGAGAUCCAUGAGUACGCCCAGCAGGACGUGGUCGUCAUGCUGCUGGGCAACAAGGCUGACUCCCCUCAUGACAGGGUGGUGAAGCGGGAGGAGGGAGAGAAACUGGCAAAGGAGUUCGGAGUGCCCUUCAUGGAGACAAGUGCUAAAUCUGGACUGAAUGUGGAGCUGGCCUUCACUGCAGUGGCCAAAGAACUGAAGCACAGGACCAUGAAGGAGCCUGAUGAGCCAAAGUUUCAGCUGAAGGAGUACGUCGACAGAGAAAUGAGGACUGCUGGCUGCUGCCGCUCGUAGACCCCCUCCUAUGUGUGUGUGUGCGUGUGUGUGUGUGAGAGAGAGAGAGAGCGAGAGAACAGGUAUUCUAUUAGCUUCGUAAUAAAUCAGAAUCUGUGGGGAUUGUCAUCAGAUUCUCCGUGUUUGGAAUAUUUGUGAGUGGUAAUAUGGCCAAAAUGCUCUCUCUCCCAACCCACCUUUCCUCUGCAACUGUGAAUGUAAUAUAACUCCCAUCUACACACUUGCACAUACACAUGCAUGUACACACACAUACGGCUACAAGUUUACUUCACAGCCUGUUCAAUCCAUUUUACCUAAAGUGUGAUGUACAUAUUUUAAACGUCAUUUUAAUUUUGUGCCCUGAAAGCGUCGUAGUUUGUAAAUGCGUCCUGUUGAAACAAAAGAAAUACACACAACACAAAUGUGUUCAAUAUUAAAUCAAACUUGUUAAAAAAUAAUGGAAAUGAAUAGAUCUCAUGAACACAUUUGUACAGAUACACUAUUGCACCUACUGUAAGCUGUCAAAUGGCACUGUGUGCCGUUUGUGUACAGGAUAUCGUAUCAUGACCGUUUUUAAUACUUG